CAGUUUUUCACCCGGUAGCGGCUUCGCUCAGUGGAUCCAAUGAGGUGACGCCGCGUUCGGGCCCGACUAGUGGGAGCAAGCCGGUGAUAAGGGGAACCAAAAACUACCAAGUGUGACAACAAAGAGGCUUUUAGUUUAAGGCAAAGCCAUAAAACGUCAAAACCUCACAGCAUCCCGGAGAAGCACGCUUGAACGGAAGCCUCCUCUGCCUCGCAGCUGUGUCGGUUUAAUCUCAUCAUGGGGAGGAGAAGGCUGCUGCUCAUUUCCCUGUUCUGCCUUGUUCUGGCGAUGUUGCCUUCUCACACAGUGACUGUAGCUGUCAUGUCUGUUGACCUGGGCAGUGAGUGGAUGAAAAUGGCGAUAGUGAAACCUGGAGUGCCAAUGGAGAUUGUUCUUAACAGGGAGUCGAGGAGGAAAACACCCAUAGCUGUGUGUCUCAAAGAGAAUGAAAGACUGUUUGGAGACAACGCACUCGGAGUGUCUGUGAAGAACCCCAAAACUGUUUAUAGACACCUCCAAAGUCUUCUGGGUAAAAAACACGAAAACCCCCAGGUGGCGCUCUACCAGAAGCGCUUUUCUGAGCAUGAGCUACAGAAGGAUCCAGUCAGAAGCACAGCUGUCUUCAAAAACUCUGAAGCAAUGGUGUACUCGCCGGAGGAGCUCCUCGGGAUGAUGCUCAAUUACUCCCGUGCACUGGCUCAGGACUUUGCAGAACAACCAAUCAAAGACGCAGUGAUUACCGUCCCAUCAUUUUUCAACCAAGCAGAGCGCAGGGCCGUCCUGCAGGCUGCACAGAUGGCUGGACUCAAAGUUCUGCAGCUCAUCAACGACAACACUGCUGUGGCCGUGAACUACGGCGUCUUCAGGAGGAAAGAUAUCGACAACACAGCUAAGAAUGUGAUGUUUUAUGAUAUGGGCUCAGGCAGCACCUCCGCAACCAUCGUGUCUUACCAGACGGUCAAAACCAAAGAGUCUGGCACCCAGCCCCAGCUUCAGAUCAGAGGUGUCGGGUUCGACCGAGGGUUAGGAGGCUUUGAGAUGGACCUGCGACUCCGGGACCAUCUGGCCAAACUGUUCAACGAGCAAAAGAAAAGCACGAAAGAUGUGAGGGAAAACCAUCGGGCCAUGGCCAAGCUCCUCAAAGAGGCUCAGAGGCUGAAGACUGUGCUCAGCGCAAACAUGGAAUUCAUGGCCCAGGUGGAAGGUUUGAUGGAUGACAUUGACUUCAAGUCCAAGGUGACCCGGGCCGAGUUUGAAGAGCUGUGUGCGGAUCUGUUCGAGAGAGUGCCAGGCCCUGUGCAGGAUGCCCUCACUGCUGCAGAGAUGAAGCUGGAUGAAAUUGAGCAGGUGAUUUUAGUCGGAGGCGCCACACGUGUCCCCAAGGUUCAGGAGGUUCUCCUCAAAUCGGUGGAGAAAGAGGAGCUGGGUAAGAACAUCAAUGCAGAUGAGGCUGCAGCGAUGGGUGCUGUGUAUCAGGCUGCAGCCCUCAGCAAGGCCUUCAAAGUGAAACCUUUCUUGAUCAGAGACGCAGCCGUCUUCCCCAUUCAGGUGGAAUUCAGCCGUGAGGCCGAAGAAGAAGGUGUCAAAUCCCUGAAACACAACAAACGUAUCCUCUUCCAGAGAAUGGCUCCCUACCCUCAGCGCAAAGUCAUCACCUUCAACCGCUACAGUGACGACUUCGCCUUCGACAUCAACUAUGGCGACCUCAGCUUCCUCAGUCAAGACGAGAUCAAUGCAUUCGGCUCCAUGAACCUCACCACGGUCAAACUGUCUGGAGUUGGCGGCAGCUUCCAGAAGCACUCAGAUGCAGAGUCAAAAGGCAUCAAAGCUCAUUUCAACAUGGAUGAGAGUGGAGUGCUGCUGCUGGAUCGGGUGGAAUCUGUCUUUGAAACCAUUGUGGAGGAGAAAGAAGAGGAAUCAACAUUAACUAAACUGGGUAACACCAUUUCCACUUUGUUUGGAGGAGGAUCGUCAGAACCAGCUAUGAAUAUAACUGAACCUGUCCAGGAUGAGGAGGAAGUGCCUCCAGAAUCUGGAAAGGAAGGCAAGGAAGAGGAGGGUAAGGAGGAAGCGCAGAAGGAUGAGGCAGCCGGUGAGCAGCAGGAUGAUUCAGAGAAGAAAGCAGAUGAAGAGCAAAAGCAGGAGAAGACGGAAGAGGCCGACAGCAAGACCGACACCAAGGAGGAAAAAGAGGAAGAGAAACCUGUGACCGCAGAGGAAGAGAAGAAUGCAGAGAUGACGGCAAAACCUCAGAAGAAGAGCAAGAUUUCUGAGGACAUCACUGUGGAGCUGAUCAUCAACGAUGUCCUCAACCCCACUGAGGAGGACGUCACCACUUCUCAUAAGAAGUUACAGGAUUUAACAAACAGAGACCUCGCCAAACACGAAAGAGAAAAGUCUCUGAACAGUCUGGAGGCGUUUAUCUUUGAGACGCAGGACAAGCUGUACCAGGAUGAUUACCAGCUGGUUGUGUCAGAGGAGGAGAAGGAGAAGAUCUCAGGGAAGCUGAGCGAGUUCUCAGAGUGGAUGGACGAAGAGGGCUACUCAGCCACCACCAAACAGCUGAAAGAGAAGCUGUCGCAGCUGAAGAGCCUGUGCAAGGACAUGUUCUUCAGGGUGGAGGAGCGACGCAAGUGGCCCGACCGCCUGGCAGCGCUGGACAGCAUGCUCAACACCUCCAGCUUCUUCUUGAGGAGCGCCAAACUGAUCCCAGAGGAUGACCAAAUCUUCACUGAGGUGGAGCUGAAUCUGUUAGAAAAAGUGAUCAAUGAAACAACGACUUGGAAGAACGAAACGGUCGCAGGGCAGGAUAAACGCUCUCCCAAGGAGCGUCCCAUCCUACUGUCCAAAGACAUCGAGUCCAAACUGGCUCUGCUGGAUCGAGAGGUCAACUACCUGCUCAACAAAGCUAAAUUUGCCAAGCCCAAGUCCAAACCCAAAGCCAAGAACAGCACCAGCUCUGAAAAAAGUAGCAAAGCAAACGACACAGCGGAGGAAAAGGUCAUCCCUCCCACAGAGGAGAGCAAAGAGACAAAGAGUGAAAGCCAAGAGGAGGCACAGCCUGCGGACACCCCGCCCACAGAGGAGAGUGCUGCACACACAGACUCAGACAGCCAAUCACAGCACACAGAAGAAACAACAACAGGACCCACAGAUACGGCCGCAUCUGAAAACCACAUAGAUGAUGAAUUAUAACAGCUGGAACAUGGAAAAAAAAUCACUAUAUUUAUUGACAGUGUUUAAAUGUUUGAGUUCCUUCUCACAUAGUUUCUUCUGUUUUUUUUCCUUUUUUUUAUUUUUAUUUUUUUGUUCCGGGUAACUGAACUGUCUGCACUUGAUUGGUUAAGCAACAGAGGCUGCUCAUCCUGCCCCCCUCCCCUUUCACCUCUUCUCUGUUGCUCACCUCUUCUGUCUUUCAUGGAUUCGGUUCGCAGCAGACACUCAAACUCCAGGAAGAAGCAACUCAACAAAUAAAAAGCUUAAGACUUCAUCUGCUGUUACGGAUUCAGGUCCAAAUCAUGUCAAGCCCAAUAAACAAUCCAUCACAGAGUCUGAGAUGACAGCGGUGUCCGCUCAUCUUAGAGUAACUACAUGGACUUUAUGAGAAGGUUGAACACCAUUAUACUCUGUUUCAUCUUUCAUGAACUUUGCAUCUUUUCCUUUGUCUUCUGCACUGCAUCCUUAACCGUUGUGUGUCGCUGGGAGGUCACCGUGCACCUGUACCAUCACUGGCUUUGAGUAAGAGCACUGUGUGGAGGAUGUGAUAGUGCAGGGUGGGGGCUGCUUUAGAUGUUUGCUGCUCUGCUCAUCCUAAUUAUUGGUUCAAUUUUUGGUGAAAGGACAAAAAGUUGAAGUUCACCGCAGAGACAGAGUCUGUUGUGGAAAAGAAGUGUGUACAUUUAAAUCUAGUGGAGCAUGACAUUAAUGCUAGAAGAGGCAAAUGAUGAAAACAUGUAUUAAGUAUAAAUUAGCCUAACAUCAUAAUCAUUGGACUGAAUACUCUGACAUAGAAAUGACUGAUUUCAAGGCCUGUAAUAAAUCCAUCCAUGUGAUUGAAUGGCCACCUGACUUAACUUCCUACCUGCCUUUAAUAGGAUAACUUAUCUGCCAGCUGGUUAAUGAUAUCAAUACACUGAACUCCUCUCCAACACUCCCUUGUAGACUCAUUCUGCACUGAGGGGAGGAGGAACAAUUCAUGUGUUUCUACUUGAACUCUUGCAUGGGCAGGUUUCUCCAGAGUUGCCAACUUCAGCAUUAAAAUUGAUAAUAAAUUUGUAGAUUCCUGCAACACCAUUGGAAUAGGAUUUGGUUCAGAAAUGACUGAUUUGGUGAAUCACAUUAACUAUUAACUUAUAAAGUCUUCUGAAACAUGCCAGCAAUGACUGCUGUUGGGCUAAAUGUCAUUCUUAAACCUGCAGAAAGUUGAGGGUGAAAAAGUCAUCUCCAAAGUUGAUUGUGAAAACUAUACGCAGCUUGUUUCUUCCAUUGUCACCCACUGAGGCUCAUUCUGUGUCAGCACUUAUGCAGAUUAAAAACCAGCCAUGAACUGAGCUGCCAAAAGAGGAUGACAUAAAAAAGGUCAACGGUUGAAUAUCUGAAGUGUGUCCAUGUUUCUGUCCCCCAGCGUUCCUCUGAUCCAGCUGUCUGAACUCAGAGACUCAUGUUUUGUUUUUGUUUGUCUGUUUUUUUUUUUUUCUGCUGAUGCCAAAAUGGCCCUGAAUGUGUUUUGGUGGUCCAAGUCCACAUGUUAGUCUCAAUAAGCUGCCAAACAUGGUAGUCCAGGUGGAGUGUUAGAAUUGUCACUGCUCGUGCUUUGACUGGGAGAGGUGGGGGGCUCUUUGUGUCAGCUGUGUGCUUCUGUGUUUGUUGCACUCGGUGUCAUUUGAAGGGCUGACUAGAGUUAAGAAUUCAGGAAUGGGAGAUGAAAAUAAUGCCGUGUGUUUAAGCUGUUAAUAAAGAAAUCUUUGGUUUUUAA